UGCGACUUUUUUUGGACCGUGGAAAGGGGGGGAGGCCGGGGGAGGAAAGGAAGGCAGAACCGAAGUGAAAAGUUUCAUGACAUUUACUUAGACUCGGACUGCAAACGAGCCUGGCGAGACCAGCGCUUAUCUCGUGUCUGGACCGACUUUGUUCCUCAGAUGUGAUAUUUGUUGGAGUUGAUCUGAAAAGCGCUUUGGAGAGCAGGACCGGAAUCGAGCGGCCGAGAGGAAGCGAGCGGUCAGCACACAGUCCUCUGUCUGGCGUGAUGAUGAAGGAAUCAGUAGAUGCAGAGAAAAAGAGGACUAUAAAAGACAAGGAAAGACAAGUUAUCGAUUGCGACAGAGCGACGUGGAGAGACAUUUAAGGACGUUUAGUGGACACUGAGACGUCUUAGACAUCAUGGAGCUUGUCCCCAAAACUAAAUACACGCCUUUUAGGAGUGACUCCUUCAGCUCAACAGACGAGACGGCGUCCAAUCCUUCCCUUCCUUCUUCAGCUCCUCUAACCCCUCUCACCCCUCCUGGCAUCCCUCCUUCUCUCUCCUCCUCCUCCCUCACCCCUAUUCUCCCACCUUCUUCACCACGGCAGGCUGAGAACAGCCCCACCACCCUAUGCUCCUUCUUCCCCAGGAUGGGAGCCCUGAGGCUGGGUGUGUCUUCCACUCUGCUCCCAGGCUUAAAGGCCUCCAGUAGGCCGGCAAAUGUGCCUGGUGGCCAGGGAGGAUUGGGAGAGUCCUCGGAAGACACAGGAACUGCCGUCGCCAACUCUUCUCCUCCUCGUCUUCUUCCUCUCCUUUCUCUAACAGCCCCAUCUCCUCCUCCUCGUCCCCCACAGGAUAUGAACCGGCUGGGCGGGGCCUCACGGAGGGCCCGUGUGGAAGGAGGCCAGCUCGGCGGAGAUGAGUGGACACGGCAUGGCUCCUUCGUCAACAAACCCACCCGAGGCUGGCUGCACUCGGACAUUGUGGUCAGCACCAGCGGAGUCUCCUACACUGUCAGGUAUAUGGGCUGCGUGGAGGUGCUGCAGUCAAUGAGAGCACUGGACUUCAACACCAGAACUCAGGUUACCAGGGAGGCGAUAUCAGUGGUGUGUGAGGCGGUACCAGGUGCCAAAGGAGCUCAGCGAAGGAGAAAGCCCUCCUCUCGCUGUCUGUCCUCCAUCUUAGGGAAGAGUAAUCUCCAGUUUGCUGGAAUGACAAUCACCCUCACCGUGUCCACCAGCAGUCUGAACCUAAUGGCCAUCGACUGUAAACAGAUUAUCGCCAACCAUCACAUGCAGUCCAUCUCUUUUGCAUCAGGAGGAGAUCCAGACACAGCGGAGUAUGUUGCCUACGUCGCCAAAGACCCCGUCAAUCAGAGAGCGUGUCAUAUCCUGGAGUGCUCUGAAGGCUUGGCUCAGGAGGUCAUCAGCACCAUCGGUCAGGCUUUCGAGCUCCGCUUUAAACAAUACCUGAAGAACCCACCCAAAGUGGUCACCCCCCAUGACCGCAUGGCUCCAUUUGAUGGGUCGGCGUGGGAGGAAGAGGAAGAAGAUCUGGCUCCUCCGCCAGAGGUGCCGUAUUACAACAACUUCCCUGGCAAACAGCCUCCUCCUGGUGGGUUGGUGGACAUGAGGACCCGUCCCGGACACAGUACAGGAGCCACGCUGCCCUACGGACAGCCGAGCCAGAACGACAUUCACAAGCAGCCUCUUCCUCCACUACCAGUGGGUGUUAAGGAUGGAGUCUUGUUUGACGACCCCUCAUACGUUAAUGUGGAUAAACCCCGCCUCCCAGCAUCAGCAGCAGCCAAUGGGAAUGCUCAUAGAGACGCAUUUGACAUGAAGCCGUUUGAUGCAGCGCUCGGUGUGUCGGGUGUAGUGGCGCUUCCUCUGGCAGAGCAGCUGCAGAACGAGCCCUGGUUUCACGGGCCUCUGAGCCGCAGGCAGGCCGAAAGACUCCUGACCAAGGAUGGAGACUUCCUGGUGCGGGAGUCAGGCACCACACCAGGCCAGUACGUCCUCACCGGACAACAGGGCGGACAACCAAAACACCUGCUUCUGGUGGAUCCAGAGGGAGUGGUGCGCACCAAAGACCACCGCUUUGAGAGCGUCAGUCACUUGAUCAGCUACCACAUGGACAACCGGCUGCCGAUCAUCUCAGCAGGAAGUGAGGUGUGUCUGCAGCAACCGGUCGAUCGUCGAGCUUGAGAAACGCUUUAGAGAGAAAAAAACACAACUCUCCUUCAUACCUUUUGUUAUUUUUGCCUGACUCUAUCAGAGAAACAGUUUUCGUUCCAACUGGGAGUGUAAGCUAAUCCUAUCUUCCCAGAAACACACGAUUUUUCUACUGCAUCAACCACCGGCCGUGAAAUUACAAAGCGAUGCAAUCAUUCUAUUCAAAGUCGAAAGGAAACGUCGCUUGAAGAAAGCGAUUUGCAAAAAGCCAAACGAAUAGGCAUCUAGAAGAGGAGCAGGUGCGUAAUUGAUGUGACAUCACUUCCUUCCCGGUAACCAUGGCAACCAGCCAGGGCAUUCUUGGAGUCAAUAGCUGAUGUGAAUGUAGUAAAAUUGCAGACCCUUUGUAGCACUGGAAAGAUUCACAUGCAGUGCGGUGGGCCAAAUCCAAAGACUCGUUAGCAAUCGGUUUGUUAAUCCUGGCAUCGCUGUGGUUUCAAGACUGUUGAUGAAUAUGCAAAACUUUAAAGACAACACAGCUCAUUCUCCAUCGACUGAACCACAUCUGUUGUCUUUUCCAUCGGGAGAUCACCUUUCCCAGUGUUCCUAUUAAAGAAUAACACUCAGAAUGCCACUCAUUCUCACUCACACCACAUGCCGAACACGAUUCCGUGGAGAAAUUGGGAAUUUUGGCCAUUCGGGAAGACCCCUGAUCAUAUGUGAAAGCUUUAGCAGCUCGGAUGCUGUCUGGAUUUUUUUUCUGUUGCCUUAUGCAAUUGAGCAGAUGCUGUGAGGGACAUAUGCUGCCCGUAUGAGGUGUGAUGAACUGGUCUGUGGGAAAGAGUAACAUGUUCACUCUCCACACAACAUCAGUCUGGGACAAAAGGGAUGAGAGAAAAAAAAUAACUAAAUGAAGUGCAAUCUGCGUAGAUGGGCUCGUAAGCUUGAAUGGGACUGAGGGACUGCGGUUGGAGAUCAAAGCCUUCUUAUGAUGUCAUUUUAAUCAAGAAUUUAUAUAUUUGUUGCAAUGAUGUCAUCACACUCUGACAUCAGGAUGGUUUUAUUCUGCGAACAGGCUCUGUUUGUCUUCAUUUCCUCCUUUCGGUGUUUCUUCUGUUCGCAUUGACAAUCGAUCUUCAUGUGUGUGUGUGUGUAUGCAUAUAUACAUUCGGAGUCUCAAGUUACAAAACAUGCAUUAUUUUGUCGAAGAUUUACUUGAAUGCAUUUAAUUGACGUGUAUCACAAGUAGACACUCCGUCCAGGGCGAGGUAAACACUCCAAAUAAGUUCUGAACGUGUCUUUGCAGCCACAGACUGGAAAGCAACUCUCUUUAUCUUCAUUUGCUCUGAUAUUGAUUGUGCCUUUUUCGCCAAACACAGACACACCGAUAAAACACAGUCGCCUUUUGUGAUUCUGUGGGUAAUCGUGACCCUAUUCUGAAAAAAAAAAACACCACUGAAAUAUAAUCAACUGCAAAAAUGACACCGGUUUAGUGAGACUUACUACAGGUUUUGGGAAAGCAUGCAUCAUUUCUUCUGCAGGCUAAUCCUGCUGUUGUGCUUCGAUCUGUUGGUUGGUAUCAUGUUAUGUUGCUUAAGCUUACGUUGGUGAUUAAACAUCUUAUUCUGUUUCUCAUUUGGAGACCGACAUGGCCCGUAAGAGAAGGUGUAAAUAAUACUACGCCAUUAGUGUCGUUCACCGUGUUGAAUCCGUCUGUAAAACUCACAGGAUUGUACUGGGUGAAAAAUAACAAAGGUGUAAGAUUUGACAACGCAGUCACAUUGUGUUUAUCACACAAAUCUAUGUAAAUGAUAAGACUUUGCUUAGUCAGAUGUACAAAGACCUUUAUCUGGAUGCUUUAUCGAUCUGAAAUGGGCAAGUGUUCUGUCUUAGUUGUUUUUCAUGGAUGUAAUUUGUGGAUUUUGAGUCAUUGGUCAGCAUUCAUUCAGCAUGAUAAUUUCUGGCAGAUUCCAGCUGCGGCUGUGUGUGAGUGGUUUCAGCCUGGUGUAAUUCAGAGAUGUGCAUUGAAUGUUUUUUUUAAGUAUUGACGUCACACAUUUUAUGUGCUGACGGCACCACAGAUCUGGUCACUAACUGCUAAUGGAGUUUAAACAGUGUAUCUGUGUGUUGGCUGGAAUGGUCUGGAGUGAUGUGGCUUUUACAACUGACUCGCCACUGAACUGUUUGCUCAUUUUCAUAUUUCACAGCGGCCUUUUGUUGCAUGGAAACACUUCCUGUUAUUGUGAUGGUGACUUUUGUGUUGUGGUUAGUUGUUUGCUACUUUCUAAGCCAAAUGCGUUUAUUUCUUGUUUGCCUAUAUAAAUGUCGCUUCUUCUUUUUUAAAUACACGUUUUUGAUCAUUUCUGUAAUUCUUUUUAUGUUGAUGUUAUUUGGGAAAAACAUAAACGUUUACACCUGUAUCAAAUGAUAGAUGACAUAUAUAAAUACAUAUAUCAUUCACCGUU